CGUUAUCUGUCAAAACUUUGAAAUCGCUUGUAGGUACCUAGGUAUUUGUGUCGUUGACUUUGUGGACAUUCGUUCGCUUUAUUUUUAUUGUAAACAUUUUGUAAGAACUUAGGUAGGAGUUACGAACCUAAUAAAUUUAUUGUGAAGUGAAAUAUGAAUUUGGUUGUGUGACAGUUAAAUUUAUAUAAUUUAUAGAAACAUGUCGGACAGCGAUGUUGAUUUAUUGCCAAACAGUGUGUAUACGUUUCAGAAUGAAAGCACGACCGUAUCUGCCAGGGGCCCUAACAUUAAUGCUUCGAAUCUCACCGGUUUGAGCUUUCGUAACAACAUUAUGACAUCGACAAUGAAUAUUCCGCGUAAUUUUGAGAGACAGAAGUACUUGGAACAAAGUACAUAUUAUAGACACCCGUCUGCGGCCACUACUUCCCCACCAAUGUCGCUGCGAAGCGAAUCAAGUUUCAGGCCGAGGAAUUAUCAACAUAUGUAUUAUCCCCGUGGUAUGAGCUCCCAAAGAUCUAUGAUUAAUGGUAGAAGUGGUUCUCCAAUGUCAAUGAGGAGCAUAGAUUCCAAUGCUACUGUAAGUGCAGCAGACAUAGCAAUGGCCUUUAAAAAUAUGAAUUUUAACAAAUAUGACUUGAGAGUCAUUAAAGAUGCUUACAAUCAAUUCAUGAAGAGGAGAAUGCGUAGAAAGAUUGAAAAAAGAAGAAAUCUCAGACUAUUUCUAAAGGGUCAGCGUCGUAAGUCAGGCUAUGACUCCGGUGAGUUAGGCAGUGAUUCAUCAAUAAGCAGUGAUGAUGACCAAUCUACAAGAACUUCUGUAUACAAAGAUAAUAUGUCUAGUUGUAGGUCAACUAGGACUAAUUACUCAGACAUCAGAAAGACUAUGAGAGAUGGUAACUUAUACAAAGAUUGCACUGAUAAUUUUAGACAGAACACAUUUAAGAACAUGUUAGGUGUUGCACCAAGCACUGCACCAAGAAAUGCAAUUGUUCACUCAAAAAACACAGACCCAAGUGAGCAACCUCUAACACAAAAAGACAGAUUUAAGUCUGGAUUUUUAUUACCAUCACAAAGAUUCAACCAAUCUGUAGCAUCAGUUCCUAUUCCAGAAAAACAAAGUAGGGUACGAAAUUUACCAGUAAACCAAAGAAAUGAUUUGGAAUUUCAUCACAACACUACAAGAAAUGAUAGUGAAAUGGAAAGUGAACAAGAAGAAAUAUUCUCAGAAAUCACCAUAAAAGAGAAAAUUAUGAAUAUUACAAGUGUACAUGGAACACACAAUGUAGAUCCCCGAAAACGAUGCAUUGAGGUAGAUGAAGUCAUGUCACAGAAUAAAAGAAGUAAGUUAUCAUCUCCUCCAAAGAACAACAAUAACAUACAACAAAAACCUGAAAAUGGAUCUAAAAAUAAAAACUGUAAUGAAUUUGAAUUCCUUAAACCGCAAUUCCCUGUAAGAAAGUCUAGUAAUAUUAAAGUUAAAGAGACUUUGUUAGCAAAAUCAACUGCACCAUUUAUCGAUGAGGUAGUAUGCGUAGAUAAUGUAUUGAAACUACCAGUAUCUGAGCUUCACCAUGACCAGAAUGAUGAAAAUAAAGAAGCUAAUGACCAGCCUGAUUUAACACAGCAAUCAAGUGAUUUGUCAAUGAGACCAAGUUUCAUCAAAAGAAAGCUAUACACACAAAAAUUAGAUAUGUUGGAAAGUAAAAAUCUUAGCAGUGAUAACCUUGGGGCGAAUAGUCCUCAGAUGAAUGUAUACAGUUCCAUACAAAAAGAAAAGAAUAGAGCAAGAAAGCUAGUGACUAACCAGUCCUGUUUAAGUCGAGAUGUUAGGGAAGACAACAAUCUCUUGGAUUUGAUACAUAAGAUUGUACCUCCAGACCGUAUGAAUGUUACUAAUGUGACAAGCAAAACUGAAGCCAACAAUAUUGCCAAAAAUAAGUCUGAGGAUGAUAGAUGGGAUGUGACAUCUGUUAUGAAUACUUACGAUAAUGAUGAUGUAAGUGAUACAUAUACAGAUGAAGAGAUCUUUAAUAAUGAAAAUAGCAAAAAACAGUCAAUCAGUAAUGAAGAUAAUAUUAAAGUGAAACAAACUGAGAAUAAACAAACUAAUGACAAGAGGAUAACAAAAGAAAAGAAUCCAAUGAAUGAGAAGAAAGGGGAAUGCAAAGCUGUUAAUGAGGAAUUGUCCGAAACUAUUGAAAAGAAACAAACAAAGGAAACAAAAUCAAUAAAUCAGAAGUUAGGACAAUGUAAAGUCUUAAUUGAGAAAUUGCCUCAAAUAAAAAAUCUCAAGAAAAAUCCAGCAACUGAGAAAGAAAAUAGUAAAGAUCCAAAAGAUGCAAAUAAAGAAAAUAUAUACAACUGUGUGAAAUCAUUCUGGGAUACAGAUUUUGAAAGUGAUGUUGAUACUGGACCUAUGUCUACAGAUAACAGAGUUAAGGAAAAAGAAACUAGAAAUCAUGGUUUAAUUCAGAAAGCUGUAAAUAAUGUAGUGAACAAAACCCAUGACACAAACCAGUCCAAAUUUGUUUGGAAUAACAAAUCAAAAACUGCUGUCACAUUAAAAUCACACAGUUUUGUUGGCCAGGUAAAGGCAGUUAACAUAAACAAAAGUUUCACAAAGAGGUCCAAUGAAAAGCACAAAAAUGAGAAUUUACAAUCAAAGGAUAAGUUAACCAAGGCUUCAGAUAAAACUGCUGAACCACGGAAGAAGGCUUCAUGUAAAAACAUUGUUUUAGAUACAUACAAUUCCACUGUAAGUAAUAAUACUCAAAAUGAAAGUGUCAUCGACGCCAAUAAUAAAACUCAUGCAACACAUGCAACAAAGAAAAAUGAAAAACUGUGUGUGGACAAAAAUGAUAAUUUGAAAUCUCUCCCACAAGAAAAAGAAAAAGCUUCAAAGCGUCUUAAAAAUAAAACACAAGCCAAUGAAGUGGAUAAGAAAAUUUCUUCUAGAAAACUUCCACAUAGCCCAAGAGAGUUUUCAUGCUGUAAAGAACCUAUACAUGACAGUAAAAAGGCAAAAAAGGAAGUUGUGACGAAAGCUAAAAAUAAUAAAACUGCAUUAGAUAACUAUAACUCUACAUUCAGUGACAACACUUUGGACGAAAUUAUAAAAAAGGGUAACAGGACCCGGGCAUUACGGGCUACCAGAAAAAAAAAGGUAGAAAAUUCUAUAUUAGAUGACUUAAAAAGAGACGACAGUCAAAUGCUGAAUAUGACACUUAGGUCAAGACGAGUAGAUACAUCAUUUGCUAAAGGCAACAAUGAGAAAACUAAAUUACCUAAGAAAGCAGAAGUGAAAGCAAGAAAUAUUCCGAACAGUUCUCAAACCAAAGACACUCAGACGAGGAACAAUAAAUCAGUAGUUACUCCUGUUAAAAAUCAGAAAACCGUUUCUAAGAAUAUAAGGAUAAGACAAUCACCUAGGAUACAUAAUAAAGCUGUAUCAACUGUACCUCCUAUACAUAAACGUGCAGUAAAAUGUAAAUAGUACAUUUAUAAUAUUAGGCGAGGUAUUUGUCUAUGCAUUUGAAUGUUUUUCUCGAUUUUGUCGAUUCUGCUAAUGUUAAUCAAAUUUGUGCCUCAAUACUGCUCUGUUAUCACUUUAAGAGACAUUUGGCCAAAUUAUGAUUUUAGUGAAAGCAUGGUGCAGAAUACCUAUUUACCGAACCCGAAAUAGGCGCCGCGAGAUGUGGGCAUGUAAAAUUUUAUUUUUUUAAGAUUAAAUUUUAUUGUACCUGGAGUACUUUGGUAUUAUAACUAUUAAUAAUUGUAUUGUACCUAUACCAUUUUAUAUACCUACCUCAAACUUCUGCAACAUUAUUUGGAUUGUUACUUGCUUUCUUUUCUGUUGAAGUUCAUAAUAUUCAUCCAUUAAUUGAAUAAUAGCCCGAGAAGACUAGACAAGGGUAGUGUGCACAUGAGAUAGAAUAUGAGCGAAAUGGAAGUUAUUACGACAUCGUUAGUUUUCUUUGUAAGACUUAUUUAUUUACGAAGAAAUCAUGUUAAAAAAACUGGUAUUAAAUUCAGUCAUAUAAUGUGGAUUGUGGGGCUACAGCUAUAACACCGCCCUGGGAAUGUGGUGCCUCAUUGGUCCUCACAAAUUUAGCCGAGUCGGUACGCGGCGAUUAAAUUUGUGAGGUCGAUUAAACGUACACGUCGAUUAAAUUAAAAAUUAUAACGAUUACUUCCAUUAAUAUAUUUUUUUAAAAUUACGGUCUCUCUUAGUAGUUUUCUGUUUAAUUUAGAUUUUAGUUUAUAGAAAUAUGAUAUUAUUGACAUGGAUUGGAUUAUUUAAAAUGUUGUGUAGUUAAUUUCAUUUUUCGAUGUUCAGAGUUCAAUACAAAAAUCUAAUCUUACCUUAUAAUGCCCCAUCUAAAUUGUCUACUUGUUCCAUUAGAUUUUCUUUUUGUUGACCUAUGAUUUUUACUUUAAUUAUUAGUCGAUCUGGCUAAAGUUUCAUGUUUUGUAGGAUAGGAUUUGAAUGUAAAAUAUAUAAAGUAAAAUCAGGAUAAUGUACUAUUAGUUAUGUGGGAAAUUGUGGAAAGGUGGAAAUUAUUAGGCUUACAUUACUAUCGCUUAUGUGUGUGAAAGAUUUUAACUGG